CAAAUGUUCCACUGCUUCAUUGUCCGAGAAGAUGACAGAAAUUACCUCAGGUUUCUGUGGUACCGCAAUAACAAUGUCGAUGAUCGAAUUGUUGAAUACAGAAUGAAGGUGCAUGUCUUCGGCAACAGCCCAUCCCCAGCGGUAGCCACCUAUGGACUUAGGAGGACCGCGCAGGCAGGAGAAGGGGAGUUUGGGGAAGACGCCAAGCGAUUUGUAGAGCGAGAUUUCUACGUUGACGACGCACUUAAAUCAAUGCCCACGGCCUCAGAAGCCAUCGAUCUGCUCCAAAGAACGCAAGGAAUGUUAGCAACUGCUAACCUGAGACUUCACAAGAUAGCAUCCAGCAGCGCAGAAGGGAUCCAGCAUGUUGGGUUCAUAUUGGGCAAGGCCAAAUUGGCCCCACAACCGAAACAUACCAUCCCAAGGCUCGAGCUGUGUGGAGCCGUUCUAGCUACGGAAGUGGCGGAACUGAUCUUAGACGAAUUGGACGUCAAACUGGACGCAGUCAAGUUCCACACGGACAGUAAGGUCGUACUAGGCUACAUUAACAACCAAACCAGAAGGUUCUACACCUACAUCAGCAAUAGAGUGGAACGCAUCAGGAGAUCGACGCAGCCGGAGCAAUGGAAUUAUGUUCCAACUGACCAGAAUCCAGCAGAUCUCGCAACUAGGUCCGUCCCUGCAUCUCUGCUGAAGCAAACCAUCUGGCUGACGGGUCCAGCGUUCCUCUUACGACGUGACGGUGGCCCAUGUACACGAAAGAGACCUUUGGACUCAUAGAGCCCGAGUCCGACAAGGAGAUUCGUCCUCAAGUGACAACUUUCGUAACAGAUGUACGACCGAGAAGUCCACUGAGUCCACACCAUUUUGAACAUUUCUCGAAAUGGACGACGGUCGUGCGAGCGAUAGCACGUCUAACGCAUAACGCAGACUGCUUCCAUCGCCCGAUGAGAGGCACCACUGGUAGCUGCAAUGGAUGGCAUCACUGCACAGUGCCACGCACUGAAGAUGAGCUUUCCAGAGCAAGGAAAUCAAUCUUCCGCUGUGUGCAACAGGCAGCUUAUGCAAGUGAGAUCAGAUCCAUCAACAAGGGAGAAGACCUUCCUAGGGUCAGCACCCUCAGGAAGCUAAACCCUAGGAUGGACGAAGACGGCUUGCUCAGGAUCGGUGGUCGGCUAGGGAAUGCAAAAUUAGAUGAGAACGAAUGGAACCCCCUCAUAAUCCCAAGUCAGAGCCACAUUGCAAUUUGACUUGUGCGCCACUCUCACGAGAAGGUCAAGCACCAAGGUCGGCACUUCACAGAAGGAGCAAUCCGAUCUCCAGGGCUGUGGAUCGUUGGAGCAAAGAGGUGCGUCGCCAGCAUAAUCCACAAGUGUAUCAGGUGUUGCAAGCUACGUGGAAAACAGGAAGAACAGAAAAUGGCAGACCUCCCAGCCGAUCGACUCAGUGUAGAACCUCCCUUCACCUCUGUAGGGAUCGACGUGUUCGGACCAUGGACAGUCAUCUCCCGCCGCACCAGAGGAGGGCUCGCGAACAGCAAACGUUGGGCAGUGCUGUUCACCUGCAUGAGUACACGAGCAGUGCACAUCGAAGUCAUCGAGUCCAUCGACUCUUCGAGCUUUAUAAAUGCACUCCGGAGAUUCUUCGCCAUCAGAGGGCCAGCCAAGCAACUCCGUUCUGAUUGUGGAACCAAUUUCACUGGAGCAUGUAAAGAGCUUAAGAUCAGUACAGAGAAUGUCGAAGAUGAUUCU